AUGCCAGCCCGACCAGCUACUACCCCGUCCUAUACUCGGACGACCGCCGUCUUUGCUCACGAACAAGGAUCUCUGUGUGGGAAAACAACACUCCAUCGCUGGCAUUGCCCUGCCUACUCACGCCUUCACACCCCCGGGCUUUCCAACGCCUACACCUUCUAUCCUGUUCGUCGCUGA